UUUGGUGCUCAUCAAAUUCGAAAAUAUACUCGACAAGGCAGCGAAUUUUGUAAUUUAUAAUAGAGAAUCUGUUUUGUAAAUGUCGCUGCUCCGGCUCAUGGUGCACCUGGCACUGCUCGGGAAUAUUGUGCAGGCAAGUGCAAGAGUCGGUUAUCCACAGUUGUCCAUUAAUGUGCGCCCUUCUCAGGUCAGCGGGUUGGCCAAGUUCACAAAUGUGCAGUGCGUCAGCCAGGACGCGAACUUCACCCUGUUUACCGUCUGUCGCCUGUACGCGGUUAAGCGCGACGUGGCCGAAAUGAGUUUACGAGUAAAGAUCAUGCAAUUUCCCAAAAGCCCAGUUGCGAUGCGAAUACAGCUGUUGAAACGCGCCAGCGGCUACAAGCCCUUCCUUUACGAUGUGAGGCACUGCGAUGUGUGCGAGUAUCUGGAGAAGCGGAACCAUCCCUUUGUCAACAUCGUGUUCAAUAGCUUCGCGAAUCACACAAACGUCAACAAAUGCCCACUACCCUCUGAGUUGCGCGUGGAGCAUUUUCGGUUUCCAGUCAAGGCGCUCGAUUUGCUGCCGCUUCCUGGCGGCGAUUAUGCGAUCUAUUCCACGUUCAGUUUCGAUCGUCGGGAGCGGGCCACGCUGAAGGUGUUCUUCACGCUGACGGAGUCUCGGUAGUAUAAACGA